AUGGCAUCAGCGUCUGAACGACACAAUUCAUCAAUAACAUUGUCGAUGGAAUAUCGCGACAAAGACCAGAUGUUAGUCAGAUAUAGAAUAUACAUUUCACAAAAGAUAGAUGAAAAAGCGGAUGUUAACCAGUACAAAAGCUUAGAAGAUAGAUGCUGCAAUAUACAGACGAAUGACAACAGAACUGUUUUAUGUACAAGCAAUAGCACUUACACUGUCACUAAUCUUAAUGCUGGAACUUUGUACAAUUUGAUCAUUUACUCCUGCAUAGAUGGGCUACAAAGUGAAACCCCAUAUCUGCUCACGGAAUAUACAAGGCCAGGGGAAGUUGCAAAUAUUUCGGCAAACGUUUUAUCGAGCAAUACAACCGCACUUGGAGUUCAAUGGGAUAAACCGAUGACGGGCGAAUCUCACAAGUUUAUUAUAAAUGCAGUUUGCAGAAGUCCUAAUCGUGAUACAGAAAUGAACCCUACUUUGAAAGAAACAGUUGUCACAACAUCAACAACAUUGUCACCUUUGGAUCCUGGAACGUUUUGCAAUGUCACAAUUGUUGUCGUAAUAAACAAUGUGGAAGGUCGCGGACCUUUGCAUAGUGAAGAUGUAUUUAAAGAAUUGCCUAUAAGCACUAAAGAAUCAGGUCUUGAGUUGCCUUCGGAUGACAACCUAAACAUUUUUGACUACAAUGUUAAAACAAAGAGUUUUAAAAUUGUAUGGUCUAAUGGUGCUAAAAACCAAUUAAGAAUACUAGUGAAGAUAAAACCCAGCAACACUAUAAACAAUGAUAUAUAUCAUUCACCACCUGAUGGAAGCAAUUCAGUUCUUAUUGACUACCUUACUUCUGGAACUUUAUAUUACACUGAUAUUGGAGUUGAAAGGAACAACAUUUCAAGUGAGAAAUAUCACCACAGGAAUAUAUAUACUAGACCAGAACCAUUAGUUGAUGCUGAGAGAAGUAUAACAAGUAUUUCAGAAGACAGUAUACGUGUUCUUUUGACACCAGAUAGUAGCAAACAUUGUGAUAAGUAUUUGCUGCACAUAUCACCUCGACCAGAAAUCGGGAAGGAUAGUUUCGAAAUAUUUAGAAAUGCUAGUGAUCUUUCUCAUACGUUCGAAAACCUUACUGCUAGUACGCAAUACAACAUCACAAUAACAAUAAAAGCAGGAAAUUGGAGUAAUACAAUGACACCACCUUUAAUAACAUAUACAAAAUCACACAGCCGAAUUUGCCCAGACAGAUACCAAGGUUUCACCUUGGGCAUUUGUACCGAUCAUUCGAUUUCAAAUACAAGUUUGGUCUGCAUUGACACUGUGAGUGUUCAAAAGUUUCAGCAGUUAUUUUGUGAAUGCAUCAUAACACCUUUCCAACCUGGAAGUAAUGUUCGUAUAGAAAUUCUAAAAGGAAAGGGCGUGCAGUUUAAGAUCAACGAUAUUGUGCUUUCGGAAACCUCUACUGUUGGCAGAAUCUCACUACAAGAUGAAACGAAGCUUUACUUUUCCACUACUAAAAUUUAUACGAUGAGAGCUUGUGCACUAAUUACAGAUCUAAACAGUAACCCAUUUAAUAUAACAUGUAUUCAUCCAACCACACUUGUAACUGAAACAACAGCGUCACUGACUUCGAGAGCAAUAAUAACAGAAGCCUACGCAAAUAGAAGCAUGACUACUCUUGCACAAUAUAGGUCAAAUGAACUCGAUUCAACGACCAAUAUUGCAGUUAUUGUGGUUCCAGUAGUGGUUGGUGCUUUACUGAUUCUAGUGGUUGCUGUGCUACUUCUCGUUUAUGUGAGAAGGAAAGUAUCUUUUUUACUGAUGUACUCAGUGUAGUUAUUUCUUUUUUUUAAAGAACUUGAUAAAUUUGCUGUUCAUUUAAGAAUAAGCAGUUCUUUUGAUAAUUAAAUAAAUAAUGCUAAUUUUGUGCGUUUAUACGGUAUAAACCACAUUGGGACUUUUUGCAUAGCAUUAGCGAUUCCUUGAUAUUUUGCAAGAAGUCACAAAGUGGAUUAUACCCGCAUCCACGCACAAAAAUAGAAUUUAUUUCUUAUAUUAACAUUCUUAUGGUAGCUUGCUACCAAUGGUAAGUGGUUUGCUUUCCGCGAGUAUUAGAAAAUCAAAGCAAAUGUGAUAUCGAGCUUUUCAAUGCUAAAUAGAACAGACAAACUCAGGUUCAAUUGCAAUUCGCCUUCUGAUAAAAUAGCAGUUUCCGAUUUUAAUUUGAAAUAUCCUUAUAUCCAGUGAAAGGUCGUACAGUCGUGUCGAUUCAGAUUUGCUCGUUACCGUCAGAAAACUAAAAUAGUCAAAGCUAUAAUUUAAUGUUCCUUUUGAAAUUUUGGCAUCGAAUGUUAAAAGAAUUUUUCCAACGACGCAAUUUUCUUCAUGUUUUUGAAAAUUACGUCACAUUGAGGGUGCAGUCUCUUGGAGUUGACCGCCCUAUAUAUUAUUACUCCCAUAAUGUUUAUACGAAAGUAAACGCUUUUAACCUUUCUAUACAACGAACGUGAAUAUCAGUUUUCAUGGAUUCAGUGUUUCUAUAUAUUUUAGGAAUGUGUUUAUAAUCUUACUACCUUUGAGAUUAAGACAUGCAGCAAGCCCUAAGAAAUAUCGCCAGCCCUAUUGAUAUGUAGAUUACUUAAUGUAAUAGAAGUGAUAUUAACAUAAUUUUAAAUUCUUAUCUAUAUGUUACAAUACAAUUAUACCCUAAAUGUGGUAAAAUAAAAACAUGCUAAAUAUACAUCAGAUUAUCUUUGUUUACCUUCUUGAUCGUGUUUCAGACGCCGGUUUGCAAAAGAUACUAAAACGCAUGAACAGGAACCAUAUAUUUCGUUAUCGGAGCAAGGUCAAGGUCAACAGAACAAUUCCCAUAACGACGCAUAUGAAAGGUUAAAUAUUUAUGUAAAUGAUAAACCUGAAGAGAUGUAUCAGCAGCUUCAUGCAGAUAAAAAAGAUGAAUAUCAAGAAAUGUAUGAUGUAGUUACUGACUCCCAAAAUCAGAAGAGGAACGUUACCAGACAAGUUCACUUGCAAGAUGCCGAACAGGGUCGUACACCCUCUAAAGAACGGCUGAAGGGACAAGUUAAAGGGCAAGGGAACAAUAGCAACGGUGAAGAUCGUGAUAUCGAAAGGUUAAACAUGUAUGUAAAUGUUAACCUAGCAGAAGAGCUUUCUCGUAUGAGCAACAAAUGCUGACUAAGGUGGGGAUUAUCGGGGAAAACAUGUUCCAGUUAAAGAGGACAGGCCAGUCAACAAAAGUGACCACAAAGUCAACACAAAUAAGCAAGCUUUUGCUUUGUAUUUAAUUGCAAAAAGAUUUAAGGACGACAUUGUUUACAACUGGUUUUAACAGAAACGCAUGCUUUUGUUUUCAGCAUCUUGCUGUAAUAACAAGAUGUAUCUUUAUAUUCUAAUUACUUUGUGUACUUAUUUUUGUUUAAUGCUUACUAAUGAAAUACUGUAUUCUAUCAGUUAAAUAUUUUCAUAUCUCAUCACUCACACUGUGAAAAUAUGAAAUCUAUAUUUUCACACUGUGAGAGCUAUAGCUCCACCCCUCUCAUUACAUUGUGUAUGAAUUUUAAAUUAUUAGCAUAAAACAGGAUGAAAAUUGUAGUCGCACUUUGUUCUUUAUAGUAUGUUUCUCGAUUCAAAUUAUUUUACUUAGAGAGACUUUCAUACCGUUAUGCAGCUAAAAAUAAAACAAAAUGGAACUGUAUGUUGCAUGCGUCUUUAUAACGUCACAGCAUGUCUGACGUAAUGUCUGUUUACGCGCGUCUGUUUCCCG